GCUCCAAAACAUAUCCUCAAUCAAAUGUGGAAAAGAACAAUCAACUUACACUUACAAGUUGUCUCUUUCUCUCUCCCUUCAAGAAAAUGGAGUGGAAGCCAAAGCAGGAGCUGUUUCUCUUCCUCGUAGCAACCCUUUUACAACUCCAUUUCCCAAGUUUUUAUUGUAAGAACGAUCAGCUACUUCCAAACUGUAGCAGCUCAUUUCGGUGCGGCAGCAUAGGAAACAUAAGCUAUCCGUUCUCGGGAGGCGAUCAGCCGGAAGACUGCGGCUAUUCAGGCUUCCAGCUCCUUAACUGCAAGGGCGAGUUCCCUUUGCUCAAUAUCCCACCAUUAAACUACCGUGUCUUGGGACUCAACUUCUCCACUCGUACUCUCAAAGUCGCAAGACAAGACUUGCUGGAUAACACAUGCCCGGAAAUUCUCCAUAACACAACCUUAAACAAAAUGUACGACUUUGCUCCCGAUUCUAAUGACGAGAACGUCACUCUCUUCUUCGGCUGCGCCCGCGUCCGUAAGAAUGGGUUGAAGACCAACCUUCCCAGUCAGUUCGGCUGCAUAGAUCUGUUCAGGAUAGGGAACGCGUCGUCCGGCCCAGGACCAAAUAUCAAGUGCAACCACAGUAUUUCUGUUCCGGUGAACAGAACGGCCGCCCGGGCUUUGAGAAAUCGCACGGGUUCGUCGCUUUUGAAGGGCGCUUUUGCUGGCGGGUUUCUCAUCCAAUGGUUAACGCCUAGGAGGUGUGCGAAAGAUAUGUGCGGCCGAAUUCCGGGAAGUCAGUCGAGCACGCAGGCGACGACGGCUUCCUCCCCAGGUUCUCAGGAAAAACCCCCAGGUAUUCCCACUGCUCCACCUCCUGACUUAAUUCCCACUGCUCCACGUCCUGACUACUGGCUCUGGGCAACGGAGAUGAUUGGCAAAUCUUUAUUUGCCCUUAUUACAUGCAUAGCAUUCGUUAUCACAUGUUGCCGUUGCCUCAAAAGACGACUCGCCGCGCGCCGCAACCCUAACAAGGAACGCAUAGAGAAGUUUCUACUCCAACAUGGAUCUCUGGCUCUAAAGAGAUACAAAUACUCAGAAAUCAAGAAAAUAACCAAGUCCUUCAAUGACAGGCUUGGUCGAGGAGGAUACGGUAGCGUCUAUCAGGGACUGCUGCCCGACGGCUGCCCCGUUGCUGUCAAGAUUUUGAUCGACAGCGACUGCGACAGCAAUGGGGAAGAGUUCAUCAAUGAAGUAGCCAGCAUCAGUAGAACCUCCCAUGUCAAUAUUGUCAAUCUCUUGGGGUUUUGCUACGACGGAAACAAGAAAGCUCUUGUCUACGAAUUUAUGCCCAAUAAAUCUUUAGACAAGUUCAUAAGUAAUAAUGCAGAUUCUCAGUUGGAUAGCGAAAAUAUGUACAAGAUUGCUGUUGGAGUUGCCAAAGGCCUGGAAUAUCUGCACACAGGCUGCAAUACCAGGAUUGUUCAUUUCGACAUCAAGCCUCAGAACAUUCUUUUAGACGACGACUUCUGCCCGAAAAUCUCGGAUUUUGGGCUCGCCAAGCUGUGCCAGAAGAAGCAAAGUAUAUUAUCAGUGCUUGGGACAAGAGGCACUAUUGGCUAUAUUGCUCCGGAAGUAUUCUCCAGGAAUUAUGGAGGAGUUUCUCAUAAGUCCGACGUCUACAGCUACGGAAUGAUGGUUCUUGAAAUGGCUGGUGCAAAGAAAAUCAUUGAACCUGAAGCAAGGCAGUCGAGCGAGAAUUAUUUCCCUGACAGGAUCUACGAGCAGGUAGUAGUUAAUGUGAGCACGAAUUCAGAUGAUUUAAUGAUUGAGGUGGAACAAGAAACAACUAGGAAAAUGUUUUUGGUAGGAUUUUGGUGUAUUCAGACAAAUCCAUGCAUCCAUACCAAUUCCACCAAAGCCGUUCCUGUUUACUCCAAGUUUCCCAACAUCGGUGAGAUCUUGCGUACUCUACCUGACAUACAUGGACGGAAUGACCGAGUUGUGUGGCGUUUCUCGGGCAAUAUUGUCACCACUCAAGCUCUAUAUCGAUUAUUUGAUCCCCUGUCCAAAGGUAGGAUGUAUGAAAAAGUAAAGAUGCCCUUAAAAGUUGUCUCAAUGUCUAUCUCUCUCUCCCCGAAAAUGGAGUGGAAGCCAAAGCAGGAGCUGUUUCUCAUCCUCGUGGCAACCCUUCUACCACUCCAUUUCCCAAGUUUUUAUUGCCAGUACAAUCAGCUACUUCCCAACUGUAGCCGCUCAUUUCAGUGCGGCAGCAUAGUAAACAUAAGCUAUCCCUUCUCGGGAGGCGAUCAGCCGGAAGCCUGCGGCUAUACAGGCUUCCAGCUCUUUAAAUGCGAGGACCAGUUCCCUGUGCUCGAUAUCCCACCAUUAGCCUACCGUGUCUUGGAGCUCAACAUCUCCACUCGUACUCUCAAAGUCGCAAGACAAGACUUGCUGAAUAACGCAUGUCCCGAAUUUCUCUAUAACACAACCUUAAACAACUUGUACGACUUUGCUCCCGGUUCUAAUGAUGAGAACAUCACUCUCUUCUUCGGCUGCGUCGGCGUUCGUAAGAAUGGGUUGAAAACCAACCUUCCCAAUCAGUUCGGCUGCAUAGAUCUGUUCAGGAUAGGGAACGCGUCGUCCGGCCCUGGACCAAAUAUCAAGUGCAACGACAGUAUUUCUGUUCCGGUGAACAGAGCGGCCGCCCGGGCUCUGAAAAAUCGUACGGCUUCAUCGAAUGCGGAUGUUUUGCAGGAGGCUUUUGCCGCCGGGUUUCUCAUCCAGUGGUUAGUGAUGUCGGUUAGGAUGUGUACGGAUAGAACUUGCAGAAGAUAUCAGGGAAGUGAGUGGAACACGCAGGUGACUGCGGCUCCUCCCCCAGUUUAUCAGGAAGAACCCUCAGAUGGAGAGAGACAGCAACGAUCUCCAAGGAUUUAUAUGGUUGUCGCAGUUAGUGGAGCUGGUGUUGUAAUUGUAUCCAUGAUCAUAUGCUGCUGCUACCUUAAAAGACGACGUUCCCAACAGAGUGGCCCUGACAAGGAAAACAUAGAGAAGUUUCUGCUACAGCUUGGAUCUCUCGCUCCAAAGAGAUACAAAUACUCCGAGAUCAAGAAAAUAACCAAAUCCUUCAAGGAUAAGCUUGGGCGAGGAGGAUACGGUAGCGUCUAUCAAGGACUGCUGCCCGACGGCUGUCCCGUUGCUGUCAAGGUUUUGAUCGACAGCGACAGCAAUGGGGAAGAAUUCAUCAAUGAAGUAGCUAGCAUCAGUAGAACCUCCCAUGUCAAUAUUGUCAAUCUCUUGGGAUUUUGCUAUGGCGGCAACAAGAGAGCUCUUGUCUAUGAAUAUAUGCCCAAUAAAUCUUUAGACAAGUUCAUCAACAGUAAUGGAGAUUGUCAGUUGGAUUUGGAAAAGCUAUACAAGAUUGCAGUCGGAGUUGCCAAAGGCCUGGAAUAUCUACACACAGGCUGCAAUACUAGGAUUGUUCAUUUCGACAUCAAGCCUCAGAACAUUCUUUUAGACGACGACUUCUGCCCCAAAAUCUCCGAUUUUGGGCUCGCCAAGCUGUGCAGGAAGCAGCAAAGUAUAUUAUCAGUGCUUGGGACAAGAGGCACUAUUGGCUAUAUUGCUCCGGAAGUAUUUUCCAGGAAUUUUGGAGGAGUUUCUCAUAAAUCCGAUGUCUACAGCUAUGGAAUGAUGGUUCUUGAAAUGGCUGGUGCAAAGAAAAUUGUCGAAUCUGAAGCAGCUGCGCAGUCCAGUGGGAAUUUUUUUCCUGACAGAAUCUACGAGCAGGUAGUACUUAAUGUUAGCACGAGUUCAGAUGAUUUAAUGAUUGAGGUGGAACAAGAAACAACUAGGAAAAUGUUUUUGGUAGGAUUUUGGUGUAUUCAGACAAAUCCAUCGGACAGGCCAUCGAUGUCUAAGGUUGUGGAAAUGUUAGAAGGCAGUGUUCAAUCCAUACCAAUUCCACCAAAGCCGUUCCUGUUUACUCCAAGUUUCCCGACAUCAGGGCCAGAAACUUCCUCGACGUUUUCAGCACAUGUAGAAAUGGAAAGUUCUGUUGAAGCUUAGAUGACAGCUUCAAGGCUCGGUUUGUCCAAUGAAUAUGUAAUUAAUUACGAAAUAAUUGAUUAUAAUAUUGUGGGAUAAAUGAUUUGAGUGAAACUCUGAAUGUGUUUCCAUAGUAGGAACUGACAAUACCGCAGGUGGAUAUUAAGAGAUGAAAGAGAGUUAUUUAAUAAAAUGAUAGGAUUUACCUUCGAA